UAAAAAAUAAAAAAACUGCAUUCAUUAACACCCUAAAACCCUUUUUAAUGCAUCCUACAAAUUUAAUAUCUUUAAAAAGUCCAAUCUUUUUUUUCCUUUUGAGGAAAUAUCCUUUUUCCCAUUGCACCCACCAAUUGUAUCCAAAACUACAGUAAUGCCAUCACAUUUUCUGGCUUUCUGUUUAUUUGUACAGUGAGUGUAGGUGCGGUAUGAUCUUGUGAAAACACCACUCGCUUCACUUCUCUCUGUACACUUUUCAGUAUUCAGUUCGAUUGUUUGACAAUCUUCCCACCAUUUCUAGUCGUUCCUCUCUUUUGUGUUAUUCACUCUCUUUCUCAGUCUCUCUCCUACUCUUUCAACUUUCAAGGUCCAACCUUUGAGCCACUCUCCACCAACUGCAAUGCUGACCAUUUGCCAGUUGUGUGGUGACAAAGGCUACUCCCGGGCUCUGAUUUUCUGUGAAAAGUGUGAAGAAUAUGCUAUACAUGGCUAUUGCAUGGAUGUAUUACCAGAAGUUGAUGAAGAAAAUGUAACUUGGUUCUGUGAGGAUUGCAAACCAGAUGCAGCAAAGCAGCCUUCUAUUGAUAAAUUGAGAUAUCCUCCAUUCAAAGUCUUAAAAGAAACAGAAACAGUUAGAACUAAUCGUCCUUGUGGUCCAAUAAAGAAGAAUCAAAAGUUUCCCUCUGUCUUGGUAUCUAAGAACAAGUUGCAGAUGUGUGAGGGCAAGCCUUCUUAUAAUGAACUACAAUGCAGAGAGAACGGCAAUGAGGAUCAGAAGUUCAGAAAACGACAGAAGUUGGUUCAUGAAGAUGACGCUAAGCCUUUGAACACUUUCAAGGUUUGUGUCAGUGAUUUCAAGCCUUCAAAUAUUGUAGAAGAGAGUGUUAUUACUAAUCAUGCAGAUAAAUCCCAGGUGCGUAUGCAUGAUAGUUUGCCUUCUGGUAAUGUGCUACAAAGCUGUAGGAAACAGUGCAGGGAUCCGAGGCUUAAAAAACAACAAGAGUCUAAACCUUUGAAGAUCCACGAUAAGGAUCCAAGGCUUAGAAAACAAGGAAGAUUGGUUAUUGAAAAUACGGCGAAACCUUUGGAAGUUUCUCAAGUGUCUGACACUCUUCUCAAGUCUUCAAAUGUUUUACAAGAAAAGGUUGUUGGUAGUUCUGUAGCUACAAUAGAGGUGCAAAUACAUGACAGUACUAGUAAGCCUUCUGGUAAUGAGCCUGAGAGCAAGGAGAAGCGUGAUUCAAAGUUUAGAAAAAAGCAGAUGUCGCUUGUUGAGAGUGUAGAGGCUGAACCUUUGAAAACUAUUGAAGUAGCUCCUACUGACCCGAAUCCUUCAAAUAUCUUGGAAUACAAUUGUUGUGUAGAAGCAAAACCUCUACUUGAUCCAAUGUGGAGGGGAAGUUUUGUUAUCUAUAACAAAGAGUCAGAAUGUAUAGGCAGAAUUUUAGUUGCAGCUCAUUUGUCCACCCUGGCAUGUCCUAAAGUGUGUGAGACGAGAGAUUUAUUGCCGGAGCUAGUUUCUUUAGAGUUAUCUACUCGAUCUCAUUGUUGGCCCAUAAGGUUUCAGCGUUGGGGGCCAUCUUAUCACAGUAUUGGUCUCUUUUGUUUGCCAGACAACAGAGAUGACAAAGCUUAUGACAGUCUGGUAUAUGACAUGAUCAACGGAGACUUUGCUAUGAGAGCUUCAUUGGAAAAUGCAGAACUCUUGGUCUUCGCAUCUAAUGUUUUGCCUUUACAUUAUAAGAUGUUUCAAUCAAAGUAUUAUUUGUGGGGACUCUUCCGGGAUAGGCAAGCUUCAGGUGUAAGGACUGUUGCCACUAGAGGAAUGAAGGGCAACCCCAAAUUCUCAACCAGUCAUAGGCAAAGUCCAAUCACUUCUUUCAGCCAUAGUGGGAAAGAGGGUGGCAUUGAAGAUAACCCAAGAAAAGUUGACAAAAUCCCACAGGAGAUAUGAUUGAAACAUUGGACCCAAAUAGAAUAUAAUUGUUGAUUGAGUCUUCAAAUGCCUGACACAGUCCAGUAGCAGCUAGGUAGGAAUUUUAGCAGUGUAUAGUCCACCAUUGGAUUGUGUAAUCAUUUAACCCCGUUGAUAAGGGUUUUUGACAACAUGAAAGUGUUGUUUGUAGGACUAACUAUUCAACAUGAUAGAGACUUAAUAGCGCCAAACUUUAAUUUAGUGCUGCCUUUUUGGUACAUGCAUUACUAAAAUAGUUCGAAAAGGACACCAAUAUGAUUGGUUUAUAAUGGACACAAGCUAAACAAGUAAUUUGUGUGAAUGGUUUU